AUGUACUACCACGGAAGCAACAGCCGGGGUACCUUGGAUGUGGAAAACCGGGUGGUGCUGAACGUGGGUGGCAUUCGCUUCGAAACCUACAAGACUACCCUCAAGAAGAUCCCGGCCACUCGGCUGUCCCGAUUGACCGAGGCCCUGGCCAACUACGACCCGGUGCUCAACGAGUACUUCUUCGACCGACAUCCCGGUGUCUUCGCGCAGAUCCUCAACUACUACCGCACCGGGAAGCUCCACUAUCCGACCAACGUCUGCGGUCCACUCUUCGAAGAGGAGCUCGAGUUCUGGGGCUUGGACGCCAACCAGGUGGAGCCCUGCUGCUGGAUGACGUACACCGUGUACCGCGACACGCAGGCCACCUUGGCCAUCCUGGACACCCUAGACAUAGAAAACGAGAAGCCCAGCGAUGAAGAGCUCGCGCGCAAAUUCGGCAUUGAGGAGGACUACUUCGCGGGCAAGCUGUCCUGCUGGCAAAGACUCAAGCCUCGCAUCUGGCUCCUAUUCGACGAGCCGUACUCGUCGCUUGCUGCCAAGAUUAUGGCGGUCAUCUCCGUGUUCUUCAUCUGCGUGUCCAUCCUCUCCUUCUGCCUUAAGACGCACCCCAAUAUGCGGGUGCCCGUCAUCGUGAACCGGACGGUGACACAGCGCAACACGACCGCCUGGACCUUGGACAAGACCAAGACGGACGCGCACGACGCUUUCUUUUAUGUGGAAAGCGUAUGCAAUGCCUGGUUCACCUUCGAGAUCACAAUCCGCUUCGUAGUGAGUCCGCGCAAGCUAGACUUUGUGCGGGCGCCCAUCAACAUCAUCGACUUCAUCGCCACCAUGUCCUUUUAUUCGGACAUGCUGCUGCAGCAUCUUGCUGCAGACCUAGAGAACGCCGACAUCUUAGACUUUUUCUCCAUCAUUCGCAUCUUGCGGCUGUUUAAGCUCACGAGGCAUUCGCGGGGCCUCAAGAUCCUUAUUCACACGUUCAAGGCCAGCGCCAAGGAACUCUUCCUACUCGUCUUCUUCCUGGUGCUGGGUAUCGUUAUAUUCGCCAGUCUUGUAUACUACGCCGAGCGGCUACAGGCGAACCCGAGGAACGACUUCACCAGCAUCCCCGAGGGACUCUGGUGGGCCAUAGUGACAAUGACCACGGUGGGCUACGGCGACAUGGCGCCUCGGACCUACGUGGGCAUGCUUGUGGGGGCUCUGUGCGCCCUUGCCGGCGUGCUCACCAUCGGCCUGCCCGUGCCGGUGAUUGUGUCCAACUUUACCAUGUUCUACUCGCACACCCAGGCGCGAGAAAAAUUGCCCAAGCAGCGUAGGCGCUUCGUUGGGGAGCCCAAUUCUGGUGCAGGGCCGGCACCAGCACCGGCCGUGCCUCAGACGCGGCGGAUGAACGCCAUCAAGCACCAUCACCACUCCAGGGAGUUUGCCAACAAGCCAGGUACUUGACAGGGCUUUCACAUCUACAACGGUGUCAACUCCCCGGACCAGGCGCCCCCUAUGCAGGCCAACUUUGCCUAGUCACGCCGAGGCAGCUACCACGAGACCACCGCCCUUGAACAACAACACCUCCUGAUAGCGAGGCCGCAGUGCUGGACGUCCUACGUCAUCUAAAGUGGCCAACACGGGGUAUAAACUGGAUUCGAAGGCCGCAUCAGCUUGCGACUGCGACAUGUGUUCAAUCAGUGAGAACUCGAGUUUCAGCCGAACGCUGA